AUGGAGGGGGUGAGCCUGACGAGGGGGGCGAUUGCGGAUAUAACCAAUGGAGGUGCGGAGGGGAUGAAGCCGGUUCUACAGGUGGUGGACUUGAAGCUGGUGCAGACGGUGCAGAACACCACGGAGCGGUUUCGGAUGGUGCUGUCGGAUGGAGUGCACGCGCAGCAGGCGAUGCUGGCCACACAGAUGAAUCCGAUGGUCAAGUCGGGACAGCUGCAGAAAGGCUCGGUCGUUCAGUUGAAUGAAUUCAUCUGUAACCUAAUUCAGAACCGCAAGUAAGUCCGCCCUUGACAUAUCUUUUCCUUACAUUACAUAUUGUUCUCUUAGAUUCUUGAGAGCCGAAUAUAACAGUGGGAGAAAAUUAUGUGUCAAAAUAGAAGGCGAUGAUUUGGUUAAUUGGAUGGUCGUCAGUGAGCACUAAUUUAAUGGUUAUUUUUCAACCAGUUGUGUAUGUUGGAUGCUUUUUAGUCGUCGAUCGUCGAUUUGAUUAAUUUAUUACCUUAUUUAAAGGAAGGGUUGGGAGGUUUGUGGUGAUGUAGUGUGUAUGUGUGUGUGGGGCGGAGGUAUUCGGUAAAGGCUCUAUGCAUUUUACUUCCUUGGGAUGAAUGGAACCGGUUAUUUCGUUUUUUCGUUGGUAAUUUUGGGUUCUUCGCCCUCGUCAAAUUUGAAAAAUGUUGAAAAACCAAAUUGAAAUGGUUAUAUGCCAAUUGCAUGGAUGUAACAUGUUAUAUACUGUGCCAAAUUCGGAUCUAUUAUUAAGUGUAAGUUUCGUGCUCUGCUGGAGUCUUUAGGUGUUCUUUUUUUCAAGGUCCACUUCUCGUUUAGACAGCAUCAUCCCUCUUGAUGAAGUAUAUAUUGCUUCUUCUUUUUUAAUCUUAGUUAUCAUUUUAUGGCUUUUGAUUGUAUUGCUUGUUCUCGAAAUUAGAUAUUAACUCGUCCUUCCCACUCCAAUGGAUGGAGUCGUUUGUUAUUACUAUGUAAACUAUUGUGACGCUGGAAUGUUUCUGUUACCACUUGUUCAUCCACCUUGGUAGUUUUCUGUUCGCAUCUGGCCAGAGAGAUCUUUGAAUUAGCUUGAUAAUCAAUGUUAUGGUCCUUAGAUCAAUUCAGGGUAUGCUUGUUCUUGUCUUUAGGGUACUUGUGCAUGAGAAAAAUGUUCUUGGUGCGUCUCUGUAAGUACUACCAUAUGAAAAAAAAUAACCAGGUGGGCUGCUGAAUUUGUUCUACAUGUUUAUGUCUGUUCCCUUUAAGAGUGUGGGGGGAAAAAUACAAUAAGCGGACCGGUCAGCAAGGUCCUUAUAUCCUGCAUGUUCCAAAAAGACACAUUCGUUUGGAAAUGUCUGCCAUAUGUCGCAAAAAUAUGUCGUUCUGUCAUGUGCACUGCCAUCUUUGUUUCAUGGUCAUCAUCUGUGGCGUGUGGAAUCCUUGUUGCGUCUGUAUGCCUAUUUAAUUUAUUGUGUGUUUGUCCCAUCACUCGUGAAAUUCGGAUGGUCUUCUGGUCUUUGUUUGUGCAAAUAUUCAACUGCUGGGUGGGUGGGGAGCGAGAAUGCAUCAGGUCUGUGUUGUCAUGCAGAUCUAGGAGAAAAUUAUCUGUCAAAGAAAGAAAUCAAUGAUGUGACAAAGAACGCAUCCUUUCCUUUCGUAUGGAUAUGUAGGUCGGUGUUACCCAAAAAGUGAGAGUUUGCAUUUCGAUUUUACUAGCUGAGAACGCUUUCGUAACCAGGUUGCUUUCUCUUGGGAAGUCACAUCACGGUAUUAUUAUUUGCCUCAUCUUGGGUUUUCUACAGAUGUGUGGGCAAUGUUAAUAGAAUUCUGAUGCCCUUUAGAAAUCACAGCUUAGAGGACGCAUGUUUCACUAUUAUGGCAGCGUUACUUCCCCUUGCCAUGUGGUUGGGCUUAUGCGAGUCUCAUUUCUGCUUUGAACAGGAUCAUCAUUGUUCUCAGCUUGGAGAUCAUACUCGAAAAAUGCAAUACCAUUGGGGAGCCAAGAAUCUACGAUGGUACCGGUGCUGCCUCACAAGGGCAACCACCGGUGCCAGCAUCAAUAACAGAUAAGCCACCUGGUACGACCACCGGUGCAGGCCCGCCACCCCAUGACAGUGCAGCUCCAGGUCUGAGCAGCAUAAACAGUCUGAAGCCCAGGGCAGAGCCUCUGAUGAUGAACAACAACAAUAGCAGCAGCAGCCCCUACGGUGGCGGCUCGUUGAGCUAUGGGGCACCUUCCUCGUACCACAGAGCAGACCCGGAACCUCAGAAUCUCAAUCAAAACCAGAGGUUCCAGAGCCCCGGGGGAUUCCGACCACCGGGCAACAGCUACGGCCGUCAGAUCCAGCCGACAUAUCAACAGGUGCUGCAGCCGGCGUUAUACUCUAACAGGGGCCCGAUAGCGAAGAACGAAGCGCCGCCGCGCAUAGUCCCGAUCGCUUCCCUGAAUCCUUACCAGGGGAGGUGGACGAUCAGAGCUCGGGUGACCUCCAAGGGGGAUCUUCGGCGCUACAGCAAUCCCCGGGGCGAGGGCAAGGUCUUCUCCUUUGACCUGCUCGACUCGGAGGGAGGGGAGAUCAGGGUCACCUGCUUCAAUGCGGUGGCCGACCAGUUCUUCGACCAGGUCGAGGCCGGCAAGUUGUACCUGAUAUCCAGAGGCAGCCUGAAGCCGGUCGUGCAGAGGAACUUCAACCACCUGAACAGCGAGUACGAGAUAUUCUUGGAGUCAACCUCGACGGUGCAGCCCUGCGGCGAGGAGGACGACGGGUCGAUCCCGCGGGUGCAGUUCAAUCUCCGCUCCAUCGGGGAGAUCGAGUCCGCCGAGGCCAACUCCAUCGUUGACCUGGCGGGGGUCGUCUCCGCGGUCAACCCGGUUACCUCCGUCAUGAGGAAGAACGGGACGGAGACCCUCAAGAGGACCCUCCAGCUGAGGGACAUGUCCGGGCGCAGCGUGGAGUUGACUUUGUGGGGGAGCUUUUGCAACGCCGAGGGUCAGCGGCUGCAGCAGAUGUGCGACGCCGGGCUGUUCCCCGUCCUGGUGGUCAAAGCCGCCCGGGUCAACGACUUCAGCGGGAGGUCUGUGGGGACCAUCUCCUCGAGCCAGCUCUUCGUCGACCCCGACUUCCCGGAGGCGCGGCGGCUGCGGGAGUGGCACGACGGCGAGGGCCGCCACUCCGCCGCCUUGUCCAUCUCCAGGGAUGGCGCCGGCGGCGCCGGCGGUGGGAGGGCUGACGACCGGAAGAGCGUCUCGCAGAUCAAGGACGAGGGCCUGGGGCGGUCGGAGAAGCCGGACUGGAUCACGGUCAAAGCCACGGUGACCUUCCUCAAGGUGGACAACUUCUGCUACACCGCCUGCCCGCUCCUGGUCGGCGACCGCCCCUGCAACAAGAAGGUCAACAACAACGGGGACGGCACGUGGCGGUGCGACCGCUGCGACCGCUCCUUCCCGGAGUGCGACUACCGGUAUCUUCUGCAGCUGCAGGUGCAGGACCACACGGGGCUCACAUGGGUCACCGCCUUCCAGGAGGCCGGGGAGGAGAUCGUCGGCGCAGCCGCCAAGGAGCUCUACGCGCUCAAGUACGAGGAGCAGGACGACGCCAGGUUCGCGGAGAUCGUGCGCGGGGUGCUCUUCCGCGAGUACCUCUUCAAGCUCAAGGUCAAGGAGGAGACCUUCAGCGACGAGCAGCGCGUCAAGUCAACCGUCGUCCGGGCCGAGAGGGUCAACCCCUCCUCCGAGAGCAGGUACCUCCUCGCCCUCAUCGACAAGCUCUCCUCCGCGCCGCCGCUGGAGCCCGCCGCCGCCGGCAUGCCCGGUGCGUAUUCGUAUUCCACCGCCAGGAGCGCCGUCGCCCCGAGGAGCUAUCCCCCGGCGGAGCCGCCGAGGCCUCCUAUGAUGGGGCGGCAGCAGGUCAACCCCUACGGCGGCAGCGACGGCGGGGCGUACGGCCCUGCUCCGAGGAUGACGGCGGCGGUUGAUCGGGCGAUGGGUGGUGGAGGAGCUUACGUCAACAGGGCAGCGGCCGUCGGGCAGGGUGAUGGCGGUGGCGGUGGCGGUGCCGCCUCUGGGAACUGCUUCAAGUGCCAGCAACCCGGCCACUGGGCCAGAGACUGUCCCGGAGCUGGCGCCACCGCUCAGGGUUACGGGGGUGGCGGCGUCGGCGUCGGCGUGGCCGGCAGGUACGGCUUGCCGAAGCCGCCGCCGCAGCAACAGCUGGGAGGCUAUUGA